AUGGGGGCCACCGUGCCGACGAGUGAGGAACCCCCCAAACCAACCAUUUUCAGCAAAAUUAUUGACAAAACCAUUCCUGCUAAGCUCAUCUACGAGGAUGAACAUUGUGUAGCUUUUCAUGAUGCCAACCCCCAAGCUCCGGUGCACUUCCUGUUAGUCCCGAGGAAAAUAAUCACUGGUCUGUCUGCUGUCAAAGAUGAGGAUAAAAUGCUCCUCGGUCACAUGAUGACUGUAGUGGACAAGGUGGCCAGAGAACAACGCUUGGACAGUGGAUACAGAGUUGUUAUAAACAACGGACCACAAGGUUGUCAAUCCGUGUACCAUCUUCACUUACACGUUUUGGGAGGUCGUCAGUUAGGCUGGCCCCCGUGUUAA